AUGAAGUUUUCAGUAUCGAUAAUUCUCUUAUAGUCAGUAUUUUUUUAAGGAGUGUCGUUUAUUUUUGCUAAUUCUUGAUUAAUGCGAGAGUAUAUAUUUGUAUUUUGAGAGAAAUGGCUUCAAAUGCAAUUCAUCCAUCUUUAUUCUAUUUGUUCACAAUAAUCUCACAGUAAAUGAGGUUUUUUUCAAAAAAGAGACUUAGACUAGUUCAAUUUUGAUUCAUUUAACGAUCUAAAGUGAUUAAAUCAAGGUAAAUAUAAAACUAUAUCUUUAAGUUCUGCAUUAGAAAAAAAUUAGGAGAUUUAGAUAUUUGUCUUUUAAAAUAGAAAUUAAUUCGCACUUAUGGACCUGUAGAUAGUCUAAAAAGUUAGAAUAGUACACUUUUUCUUCAUAUUAUAAGAUAAUUGAAUGACUUUUUCUGA